AUGGUCCGUGCGCCCAUACUGAAAAUUUUGUGCGAGCUCAAUGCACUCUCCCGCCAGGAGCGCGCUCAAUACACUGGUUACUAUGCGGGACCGCCCCAGCCACCGAAAGAGAAGCUCCCGCAGACCCAUGGAAAUAUUCCCGCGGGCUCACGGUCACCGAGACCUCAGAAUUCCGACACCAAGCCCGUCGAAAAGAGGGCUUCCGAAGACAGGUUCCCCGGCUACUAUGUGGGGCCGCCCCUGGCGCAUCCGCAAGGUAGCGGGUCUGCCAGCCAGACCCCUCCGAGUAGCGGCAAGAAAUGGCCCUCAAGUCUUUCUGGUUUCCCAGGGCCUGAGAAGGUUGACAACGUCUACCAGUCACCCGCGGGCCAUUUGACCACGACGCCUCCUAACGCCGGAUACGAUUCGGGAUCAUAUGCCACUCUCAAGCCGGAGAGCAUUACUACUUCCAGGGAGACUACUGGAGCACCGCAGCCCAAGCGCAAGCGUCCUGGCAACUAG